GUCCUGCAAGAAGGAGGCAGAGGAUACUGAGUGUGAGGUCCCAAAUAUCUGCUAUCUUCUGACAUACAGAGUUACUGCUUGUCCUCAAACCAGUCCUGCACUCUCUUAACCCCUCAAUGUCACCGGUAGAGCAUCACUCCCCAACAGACCAAGAGAUGCAGAACCUACCUCUGAAUGGAAAAUCUGCACAGCCUGGCUCCAUCACUUUCCUGACCAUGACCUGCCGGGCAUCUAUUUCCGAGAUGAUUAUUUUCCAGAGUCAACCAUCUCUUUAAGUGUAGAACUCUUUGCCCAGCUCAUUAACAGCUGCCAAUCACUGCCUCUUUGUUUUGGAUGAGACUAAUUCCUCUAUUUCCCCCAGUGGCUUGCCCAGGAGCCACAGAUAGAAACUUGUGGCAUCUCUGACAAUGAAAGUUGGCUUCUAAGAUACUUUUAUGCUGUGUAAACAGGAUCUCCUUCUGGCGUCUGUUCUUCUGAAAGGUAUAUAAGGGUGUGCGGGGCAAAUCUCAAGCAGUUUUGUGCCUGCAUACCCAGCUAUCCUUCAUGCCAGCUCAUCCAUCUGGUACAUGGAUUCCUUCUGUUUUAUUUGCUUCCAUCGGAAGGCUAUGCGGCAGAUGCCAGGCACAAGUGUGAACAUGAGUGCUGGGUCGGUGGAGCAGGAACCGGCCCGGAAGCUAGGCUGUUGUGGUGUGCCUGUGAUCACUGAAGACAUGCAGGCCUUAGCUAUCCGCAGCCUGUCUGGGAGCGAGGUGCAGAAACACUAUGAGCUGAUUCGGGAUUUAGGAAAAGGCACAUAUGGAAGGGUGGAGCUGGUAUCGCACAAAAGCACAGGAAACAAGAUGGCCCUGAAAUUCGUGAACAAGAACAAGACCAAGCUAAAAAGUUUUCUUCGCGAGUUCAGUGUGACAAGCGCAUUGUCUUGCAGCCCUUUCAUCAUCAGAGCAUUCCAUGUUCUUUUUCAGACAGAGGAUUGUUACGUCUUUGCCCAAGAGUAUGCCCCUGCUGGAGACCUCUUUGAUAUAAUCCCCCCACAGGUGGGCCUUCCCGAGGACAUGGUGAAACGUUGUGUGCAGCAGCUAGGCCUAGCUUUAGACUUUAUGCAUAGCAAGAGCCUUGUUCACCGUGAUAUUAAACCUGAGAAUAUCCUUCUGUUUGACCGUGAGUGCCGUCGAGUCAAGCUUGCUGACUUUGGCAUGACUCGUAAAGUGGGUUGUCGAGUGAAGAGAGUUAGUGGCACCAUCCCUUACACUGCUCCAGAAGUAUGCCAGGCUGGACGCACAGAGGGCUUCCCAGUAGAGACUAGCUUGGAUGUUUGGGCUUUUGGGGUACUUAUAUUUUGUGUCCUUACUGGCAACUUUCCUUGGGAAUCAGCAUCACCAGGAGAUGCCUUCUUUGAGGAAUUUGUGCACUGGCAGAAAGGACGCCUGCCUGGUCUCCCCUCUCAGUGGCGACGGUUUUCUGACAAUGCUCUACGAAUGUUCAAACGUCUCUUGGCUUUGGACGCAGAAAAAAGGAGCCCAGUCAAAGAGGUCUUCUUCUAUAUCAAGUAUGACAUGCUUUCUGAAGCCAGACGUAGACCUUCCUAUCGUUCACGCAAGCAGACAGGAGAUAAGUUACCAUCAGUGCCCCAGCGCCAUGAUAACCCAACUCCCCUCAAGAGGACAAUCCUUACAGAAGGAGGUUCCUCACCGCGUGCCCCCCAUUCCCUGCUAGAACCUGGCCAGCCUUCUGCUGGCAGUAGCAGGACAGAUGGACGGCAGGACAAAAGCAAAGCUCAAAUGCUGCUAGCCACCGCAAUUGAAAUCUGUGUGUAGGAUGUAUAAUAACUUGUAUUCAGCUAUUUUAGGAACUGAUGUCAUUGUCCCAGUUGAUGGUCAGUUCAUCAUUAGGACUUUUAGUAAAUUUGACCUCAAUUGAGCUAGACGGGUUUCAGGUUACAAGCAAAAAACAAACUUUUUAGCUGGUGAGUGAGAGUUUUAGAGAUAUAGAAGAGUCUUGGAAGUUUUUGAUCAAUAUUUGGUAUAACACUAUUAGGAGUAGUGAUUUUGUGCUAUUGUUGCCACAUUCUGCCUCAUGAAAGGACUAGGCACCUUUAAGCGACGUAGGCAACAGGGUAAGCCUAUAAACGUUUCAGAUUUCCACUGUCUAAAGUAUCAAGAAGGCACAAGAUGAGUCAGGUCAAUGCAAAACCUCCUUAACAUUCUUUAUGAAGCCAAUUUUUGCAACAUGCCAAUAUCCAGAAGAAGAAUAGCACAGUCCUUCUCUACUAAUACUGCCAUGCCAAAACCUACAGAGAAGACACUGAAAGUCCAAACCUUUAUUACACUUGCACUCCAACCAGAUCUUAAAGUAUAAUCAUGCAAAGGGAGUCAAAGGCUACAUUAGUACAAUGCCCCAGGCCCAGUUUUUUUUUACUUAACAAGGGCUUCCUAUACCUUUAUAGAAUACAAGAGCUACAUGACUAUCCCUGAACACUAUGAUUUAAUGGGUACCUAGGUGUGGGGGUUAUUUUAACACUCAAGUGGCAUAUGAUAACCCAUUUCACCUCCUUCUAUUGGUCCCCACUCUAAGCAUAACAUUACUUUAUCAUUGAUAUUGCCAUGGCUAGUUAUUUAUAAAAGAAUAUCUGACGCAAUCUUCUCAGUUACAUUUUAGACCAAAACUUUGAAAUACAAAAUUUCAGGAUGACACAGGCUCAUCUAUUUUACUUGGUGGCCUAGAACAUUGACCAGACUUUGUUAGAAAAAGUUGACAUCUUACACUUAGGAAGACCCUAGAUAAUAAUCUAUCAAACACACCAAUUGGUCCAUAGACCCACAUAUUUCAUUUAAGGGUUGACCCUCACAAAUGUGUAUGUUUAUACUCAUUUAUAUAAAGAGAAAAAACAGAAACUUGCAGUUGUAAUCUUCCCCCAUCUUGCAUUAUAUGACCAUCCAGCUGGCCAAGGUUUUAUUUUGGAGGUAGUAACCUCAUCUGAACUGAACAAAACUUAGAAUUUCAAGAUUUUUAAAGGGGAAAUGAACUUGUUGUGUGCUGCUUCUCUUUGAUCUUGCAAAGAGAAACUUUAAACCAUAGAAUUUACAGAAUUGUGGUACCUUAUUAAUACAAUUUAGAGUCUGAUGGUUGGCACUAAAAGAGUUCAAAUCAGGGUUUGAUUUUUUUUUGAGUAUUGCUAAUCAAACUGGGUACUGAGAUCUGCUGGUUGUGUGCACAGAACACUCUGGCGCUGAUUUACAUUUAUUCAUUUGAAAGGGGGUAGAAUAUUACUUUCCAACAGUUUCCGCCAGUUUCAACAGACGUCAACAGAAAAAUGAAUUCUGUUUUGACUACGUUCUACCAAGGUCUCUGAAAAACCCUGCAGCUUUGUGUUUGUAUGUCUUUAUUUAUGUAUCUCCAGAGCCAAGAUACAUGAAAGCAAAUAGAAACAAACUGGGGCAAUAAAACAUUAAAGAUACGUAAGUGUUUGUUUUAUCAGUACUAAUUGGAUCUCUAACUUAUGGAUUCGUUUUUGAAAAAGGUUUGUAUCUGAUACGGGAUUUAAUAGGAAAGCCAUCCACCAGGCAAGCUCUGAAUCAAAUGGAAUGGAAUGUUCUGUUCACACAACGAGCAAUAUUCAGAACUAUAUUUUAGUGGAUAUCACCAAUAUUGCUUUACUAUAUCUUGAUGCAUCUUAUGGGUCACCUUCUACAGUUGGAGCAUACCUCAGAGUCAGGUAUGGGGUGGGCUAGGGACAAUAGUGCAGUAAAAGAGAGGAAUUGCAGAUUUAUAACCUACAAAUCCUGUGGAAAGUGAUAAAACCUUGGUUGAAUGGAAGUCAUAGAUCCAACAGAAUGCUCAGGAGUUCUUAAUUUUGCUGGAAUAGUUGACAAUGGAACUGUUUCAAUGAUAUCAUUCCCUGCCCAACUACAAACACUGCCUAUGCAGCACACAUGUAGCUAAGUGUACAGUUGUGUUUCUUUGUGAUGUUAUAGGCAUUGUUUUGCCUACAGUGUCAUGUAUCAGUCUGCACACGUAGGGUUUAGCUUUUCAAUUUAUACCUGCUUGGCCAUCCUAUUAUCUCAGUAGACUAAUACUUAGUUUUGCUAUUCAGGAGGCUCUUUAGGAUCAACAGCUAGGUACAGAGAAGCCCCUGUAGAUAACAGAACUAGGAUGCAAAUAAAUUAUAGCACUUCUAAUUAGGACUAUAAAAUGGCUCCUUCAGUGUUGUCAUCGGCAGAAGAUGAGAAGCUCUUAGUCCUGGGCAAACCAGCAGGAACCCAUCUGCCUCCCCUCCAACUCCACAUGCACAUCUUGUACUGUACCCUCAAUGAGUUGUCUACAAAAAUUUUUCCUUAAAAGUCCCCCUAGCAAUCACAGCUUCAGCAAUUGCAAACCUCAAUUAAGGGCUACAGCAUUAAUAAUACAAGCAGAGGUGCCGUGACAUCUAGUCCACAAUGAUGGGGCAUCAUAAGCAUCAGAUUAAAUAUGGCCAAACACUGGCCAAGCUCACUACAUCCUCUUGACAAGAGAAUGGAGCCAAUUGCAGGAAGAGAAGUUGUUGAACACAAUCUCAAACUUGCUGGGGGGAAUGUGUUUACUAUUUUAUAAUGAAGCAGUCAGAGCACAAUCUCCUCUCUUCUUUGUCUCGUCCUGGUUUUAGACAGGCCAAAAUGAGGUUUUAUAUGCCUUCUUUUCUUCUUUUUCUUCGAUUGAGACCCUGUACAUGAAACAUGACGUGGCAUAGAUAACUAAAGUAGCAAAUUCCCUUUUUUGCCUUAGAAGUCUUUGGUGUUCACAAUAUUAGUGCAAUAAUGUAGAUAAGGUAAACGACUGAAACUUUUUAACUUAACUGUAGGACAUUUCUGACUCCAGGUUUAGGGCUAGAUUAGAAAAGUUACCUCAGUUUAGUUGACCUGUUCAAAAAUAUCAUAAAAUAAAAUCUAUAUAUAUAUAUAUAUAUAUAUAUAUACAGUAUAUAUAUUUAAAGUUGUGUUUAGAGCUAGCAAAAUAAAAGAAAACAUAUUCUUAAAUGUGAAUUGUUUGAAUGUGAAUGAAUAUAAUGCUUUUUGUUCCAUAGACCUCUCGUAACUAAUGAAUUUGUCUAUAAGGGGUAUGUGCCCUAGAAAGAGACAAAGCCAGACCAAGUAAAAUGUGGCUGUUUUUUAUUUUGAGAGUCUGCUUUAACCAAUAAAUGAUGGGCGAGUACAAAAAAGAAGAUGCCAAUCACUUUGAGGUGGCUGAUCUUGUUCUGUAUGACCUUGUUGAAUAGGGAAUAACUUGACCAACAGAACUCAUUUAAACAGAAGAAGUCUACAUGUCCAUGUCCAUUUAUUUCUAUACAAUGCAUUAUAGAUGCCACACCUAGGCUCUAAAGCUUUCAAUUCCGUAAAGAACAGGCUUUGUACACGAGAACAAUCCCCAGGAAUUAUUAGACCCCCAGGCACGUAGGCUGUCAGAAGAGGCAUUUCCGUUUGGAAUGCAAUAAUAAUCUCGCCACCAUCAUCCCCCAUGAGUUUUGAUGAUGACGUAAGUGAAGAAGCGACCCUACUCCUUUCUCACUGCAAUCAUUGGCAUGUGUCAUUCAAAGGCAGCUCCUUCCAUGAAUACGAAUAAAUAAGAUUAUGGGAUAUAAAAUAAAUCUAAUUUGAGCUAUAUGUGACCAGUCCCUUGUGUUGGUCCACAUGGUGAAUUGCUUCUUCUGAUUAACUAUCUUGCAGCAAGCAGGGAAUAUAUAGCGUUAUCUGCAAAAAGACUUAAAACAUCUCUCGUCAAGUUGUUGGAUACUCUGCAAGGAAUGGUCUUCAGACCCAACCAGACAACUGUGCUAGAGUUUGCCCCACGGUGUUUCAAGGAAUUUCAGUUUAAGGGGUUUUCUUGAAGGACAAGACAUGAUUAAAAAUGUUACUCAACGACUGGGUCUAAAAGUCUAGUAUUUUUAGGAGGCCGAUGAUUAUCUAGGGCUCACAGAGAAGAAAUCUACCUGGAAUCUGUAGUCACCCAAUUAACACAGUCAAGGUGACAUCACAAUCCAUUGGGUGCACAAAGUAGUUUGGGACAGAGCUUAGUGGUGCAGCAGGAAUACCAUGCAGUGAUUGGCUGAUUCUGUGAGUAUAAAGUUCAACCAUGCUAUCCAUCUUGCAUAUCCACACAUCUCAAUUUGUCAAUGACAAUCUGAUUAAAGCCGAUCCUUAAGUCGAUACAGGAACAUGUUAGAUCGGUUCUGUUGCUCCAGCAAAAUCACCAGUGUAGCUUAGCCCAAACUAUAACUAUGAAUAUUAACGCAUGCGUUUAUACAGGAGACAGCUUGUUUUGUGUAUAAGUACCACUAUAAUAGUGCCCCCUCCCCCUUUUUUGGAAUAAAAUAAUGAACCCAUUUAGCGCAAGCCAUAUCUGCCAGUGGUUUGACAGUUAAGAAGGUUAUGGAACAAAACAAAGCAUUGUUCUUUGUCAAUUCCCUGUAUAUUUCUGUCUUUGUGAUGACAUGUCUUUAUGUGUUCCUGCACUGCAAAUUAGGAAAGAAUAUUAGAAGAGUAAAACGAAAAAAUGAAAAAAAAAAAGGUAUUUUGUUCUCUCCAGCCCUUGAAAACUAAGAUGCGCAGAGUCAGCAGUGCAGAGGAAAGUUUUCUAUAAAGCUGUAUGUAUUUUAAUAUUGCUUUUUUUUUCUUUUGUUUUUCAUUGUAGAUUAUAAAUUAAAAUGAAAAAGGCUACA